CAUUGCUGAUCCUGAGGGCUCUCUAAUGGGGAGUUCGAUAGGGCCGCAAUUUGUUGGCAAUGAUACGACUGAGAUGAGAUUGGUUGGUGCACUUAGGGAGGUAUUAGCUGGGGGUCAUCUCGGGUACGAGGAGGUCCAAGGUGUUCUGAGAGAUGUUCUUCCCUUAAAUGUUGAAGAUGACAAAGACAGCUCGAAAGAGUCAUUAGUUUCGGCGUUCUUAAUUGGUCAGCGGGUGAACAGGGAGACAGAUCGUGAAUUGAAAGCAUAUUGCCUUGCUUUUGAUGAUGAACUUGGUCCUCCUUCAGUUGCUGAUGUGGGAUCAUUGACCCAUUAUGGUGAACCUUAUGAUGGGAACACACGUUUCUUCCGGAGCACGUUGUUUGUUGCUGCUGUUAGAUCCUGUUAUGGUGAAUCUUCAUUGCUCCAUGGUGUGGACUGGAUGCCACCUAAGGGAGGGAUAACCGAAGAACAAAUGCUGAAGUUCAUGGGUGCAAAUACACACCUAAACCCGUUGCAGGCGAAAGAGCUUCUUGAGGAUAAAGAUCUUGGUUUUGCCUACUUAAGUCAGCGUGAGGCUCGCCCAUCCCUAUUUUCAUUAAUUUGGUUGAGGGAGCACAUAAAGAAGCGUCCCCCACUGGCAACCACAGAAAAGGUUCAACAGUUAGUAAGGGCCAAGGGAAGGGAAGCAAUUGUUGCUGGAUUCUAUCAUGAAGGCUAUGAGGAGCCUCUUUUGAUGCUUAUGAGAAGAAGAGGUGUACAUUCUGGUUUGGUGGUUAAGGAAGGUGCCCUCUCUAUGACAACAAGACUGAGGUCAGGAAAUGCAUCAAAAGGACUCCCGGUCAACUACUGCUCUGGAUUUCGCUCAUCCACUGCGGCAUCUGCUCUUGAAGUCGAUGGUGUCUCACGUCAGAGCUUUAGCAUUGAUCAAAAGGGUCCUGCAUAUGAUCGUAUUGUAUUAAACGCUGGAAUGAUUGAUCACUUGCUGGGAUGUGACGGUGCAGAAGAUGUAAAUUCAGCCCUGGAUAGAGCUAGAGAAGCCAUCGAUAGUGGUCGUGCACUCAAAAGGUUCCUAAAUUAUAUCAAGGCCAGCAAUAAGAUGAAGCGAAUGAGGUCUACAGUAUCCUUUCCACUGGUGUAA